UGCUGUCCCAGGGACAACACCUCCCAGCAGAGAGAGGACAUCGGCAAUGCUGGCUGAACUUGAUAAUUGUCCGAAGACCAACUUCUGCAAUGUCAGUACAGCACUCCAGAUACACUGAAAUUCCAGUUUUGUAGAAUUCCUCAAGUAUGGAGUUCUAAUGUUCUACAUUCCUAACGGUCCAAAUUUUCAGAAUUCACAAUCAACUCAAUUACACAGUUCAGGAGUUCUAGUCUUCCAAAUGAGCAUUUUCCAAGUCUAUGAAGUUACAGUAUUCUAGAGUCCAACCAUUUUAUAAUCUUAAAUUAUAAUUUCAGUCUGUUUUCUGGAUUCCCAUCAAAAGUCCCAGAAUUAUUUAAAUCCAGAGUUUCUGGAUUGCAAGUUAUAUGAAUAUUCUGGAUUUACAACGUUCCUGAUAUUUUGUAUUUCAGAUCACAAUUUCAACAUUUUUGGAAUUCUAGUUUUCCAUCUUUACCACGUUGCUCUAUUUCAGUAUUGCUGAAUUCUGGCAUUUAAAAAUCACUCACUCCAGCCAGGAUUCCAGCAGGGACCAUUCACCGAGCUGGCCAUGAUGAACCACACCUGCAAUCCUCAGUUUGGGAGGUUGAGUUGGUCGACCAUGCUGAGAGUGUCACAGGCAUGAGAAUCUCAUUCUGAAGAUACACAACUGCCAGUACAUGGCAGUACAGCAAGCAGGUUGCUGGAACCUAAUAAGCCAAAACCUUCCAUAGUUUGGUUAAGGUGGUUCCUAAGCUCGUGGGUCGACAGGGUAUUUAUUUGACAUUUUAAAUAGAAUUUCAAAAGCUCACAUUCCAGUGUAUAUAAUGCACAUGCUACACAGCCAUAGGAUAACACGUUCUUUACCACUGGCUGUUUUCCCACCCUUUUGUAAAAACAAAACCACGUCAGGUGAACUUUAAAUUACUAUUUUGCUAAAGUUAUCGCCAAGAGCACUAGCAAAUCCAUUUUCCAUAAGGCAAAACCAAAAGUGGGUCAAGUGUUGUGUGGUUCGACAAUGACAGUGGCUGGCCUUGCAGUUAAGAAGUAUAACGAGAUACGAACCCGCUCAUUUCCUGAAGAAAUUCAAUUUGCAAAGAGGCAUUGGAUUUGUCAAAAUAUAUUAACACCAGCGAUUUGGUAUUCUAGAGGAAAAGCUAGGCAAGACUAUACAGUAUCUCAGAUGUAUGUAUAUUGAAUUUCUUUUUCACUGUACGUAGCCAACCGUGCUCAUCUGAGGUGCAGGGAAGGACAACAAAUGCUACCUGCAGCAGAAACUCAACGUUCCAGAAGGGGAAACUAGCCAAAAUUAUCUUCCAUUCCUGACCACACAUUAGGACUUCCAAAGUCGUAAUGUGCAACUACAAAAUCUCACCAUUAAUGCACCUGUCUCAACGUAUUUGAGCUUCUCACCUCUCCUCACAUUCCUACGUGAAUUCUGUUUCCAUACUUCUUGCACAAAGCACUCUGCCUACUCCUUUAUACCCUGCAUGUGCCGCGAGACUCUGGAACUCGUCGCUCACCUUUGUUGUCCAACAUAAUUACAACUCGCUUUUUUUUAACGUUUCAUGUAAGCCGUUUACCGCCCAGGUCUGUGUUGCUGACAAUGAUUAGUUUAACAAUGGGUUUCGAUUAGACUUUUCAUCAACAAAAAUCAAUUAUAAUACCUGUACAGUUAUCCAUGAAUUCAUAAAUGUUACCAGUUAUAUACAAACUACUGCAUGCAUUGGCACCGUCAUAUACCUGAGACCUGGUGAAGCCCUAAUGGACCCUAAAGAACUCUGCAAUUCAAUGCUGGUGGUUGGUUACCAGUCAUCAUUUUGGUGGGUCAUCGAACCUUUGUCCACUGCACCAAGAUUUUCAAACGAACUUCUGCAUCGCCUCACUAGUUCCACUAGCAUCUCUGUUACCACAUCUUAAAACACAUCGCUUUACCAGAAUUAUUUUUUUCCUAUUACUGGACUUUAAUUGAUUUUAUACCAAUUGACACUACUGAAAACUCCCAAGGUCUAAUUCAAACGUGGAACACAAUAUCAAAUCUAAGGGGUAGAAAUGCUCAACAGCUCGGCUCUCUCGGACUCCGAGCUCAUCCUGCUGCACUACAACUACACGGGGAAGCUGGACCAUGGGUCCCGCGGGGAGCCCAGCUCCUCGCUGGGGCCCGGCUCGCUGGCCCUCAUCGCUGUCUGCUGCGUCAUCGCUGCCGAGAACCUCCUGGUCAUGGCUGCCAUUGCGUGCAAUGGCCGCCUGCACACGCCCACCUACUGCUUCGUGUUCAACCUGGCGCUGUCCGACCUGCUGGCGGCGGCGCUUUACGCCGCCAACGUGCGCCUGUCGGGAGCCACCACGCUGAGGCUGAGCCGCGCUGCGUGGUUCGCGCGCGAGGGCGCCAUGUUCGUGGCGCUGGGCGCCUCCGUCUUCAGCCUGCUGGCCAUCGCGGUGGAGCGCUACGCCACCAUGCUGCGUAUGCGCCUCACCCCGGGGGGGCGCGUCGGGGCGCGCCGCCGAGCUGCCAUCGCCGCCGCCGCAUGCUGGGCCGCGGCCCUGGUGCUGGGGGCUCUGCCGUCGCUCGGAUGGAACUGCGUGGGCCGCCUGCCCGAGUGCUCGGCCAUCCUGCCGCUGUACGCCAAGUCCUACUUGUUCUUCUGCGUGGCGCUCUUCUCGCUCAUCCUGGCGACCGACUCCGUGCUCUAUGCGCGCAUCUAUUGCCUUGUGCGGCGCAGUGGGAGGCGUGUAUCCCUGCGGGCGCCGUCCGCCUCCACUGCCGGCUCGUCUGCCGUCGAUGCUCCCGCAGCGGCUCGGAAGGCGCUGGCAGGGCGAGCAUCUCCCGAGCUGGGGUCUUCAUGCGUAAAGCUUAAGCUGCCUGCAGGAUCAGCAACCCCCAUGAGAAACACCUCUCCAGUAAGCCACAAGAAGGCUGGUGAAUCUGCUGGAACACCAAAGCCAACCAGACCAACCAGAACAGGCGGAACAGCCGCAACACCUGUAACGGCCGAAACGGGCGGAACGGUCGGUACACCCAAAACAGCCAGAAUGGCCACAACGGAUGGAAACACCGGAGCAAGCUGUCCCUCUCCAUCUCUGACGCCAAGGCCUGCUUCGCAGAGGGCCUCAUCCGCUUCCGAGAGGUCGGUGGCGCUCCUGCGCACGGUUGCCAUUGUUGUGGGUGUCUUCAUCGCCUGCUGGUCUCCGCUCUUCGCGCUCCUCGCUGCCGACGUGGCGUGCGAAGCGCGCCGCUGUCCCAUGCUGCUGCGCGCCACCGACUGGUGCCUGGUGCUCGCCGUGCUCAACUCAGGUGCCAACCCCAUCGUGUACACGCUGGCGAGCCGCGAGAUGCGCCGCGCCUUCGCCCGUCUCGCCUGCUGCGUGGCCAAUGUGGUGGCCCUGCCCAUGGGUCGGCGCCGCAGCAGCCAACACCUGAGCCCUCACCACUGGGGACUGGACAGCGACACGGCGUCGACGCCGCACGCUGGCGUCGGGGCGGUCGCCGCCGCUGCCCACGCUCCAGCCGCUGCUGCGGCCAAGAUUCUAUUCCGGCAGCGCGGGUUCAGCUCGAGGAGGAGCACUCGGAGUACAGGGCGAGCGCCGUCGCCGGCGCCAGAGUCUGUCAGACCCACCGCCGCCACCGAAGCUAUGAGCUGCUCUUAAAUGAAGAGAUCAUAAUAGCCAUGUCGGACACAAGUUAGCUGGCAUUGCUGAGGUGCUGAGAUUAGAGCCCUGGGGUAGGAGGUGGCUGGGUAGCUCAGGGUGCUGUCACGUCAGGGAAAUGAGCCAGUACUGCUGAGAUCCUGGGUUUGGAUCCAAGUAUCAGCCACCCAUGAUUAUAACUAGGUUCUCAAGUGUAAACAAAUUGUAAGCAAUUAUUGAAAAAAAUGACUCGUGUUAAAACUGUAAAGUCAAGCCAACAUGAUUUCUUGCUCAAAUGGUCAAUUGAGGCGGUGCUCACAUCUUGUUUACAGUCCUGAGCCAGUGGUGGAAAUUCCACAUUCCUAUGGCAGGGCUGAGUCUAUAUAAUGACUUGAUUUACCACAAAGUGGUACUCAUUUGAUCAAUCCCAGAUAGGUUGAUAGGCCGAAUCAAUCCCCAACCAGGAUUUGAACUUCGCAACCUUGAGAUUGUGAGCCGCUCACCAUGCUGCUGAGCCACCCGGCUAAUUUGAGUUAUUUUACCACUAAGAAAACGAAAUGUUGGUAUGGCAAAAGGUGCCCUCCAGUGCAGACAAAAAUACAGAAUGAAGUGACUUGAGAAGUCGUUCUGGUAUGACACUUUCCUGGCCAGUUCUCCAACACAGAGUGGUGGUGCACUGCACGCUGCGAGUGCAGAAGAUACAUUUUGUCAUCUCAUGCAUGAUAGCAACAGUAUUAGUGGAAUAUAAUUGCAGGAAAAAAAACAUUUUAUUUUAAUUAAUGCUGUGGCUUGGUGUCCAUCCCUCUCCAUGGAGGUUAAUAAUGGCAUUAGAGUCACGACUGUAUUCCAGCAUCCCUGAGUUCCGAGAUUUAUAGUCAAAUCCUUGGGACUGGACGUGUCUAGAGCUCUCUAUCUGGAGGUUCACAAUGGCUAUAAUAAGGUUGAUCAUUUUCGCAUCAAAGACACCCCAAGCAGACAUUGAUGAGGACCUGAGAGUGCAAGAUUAAGAAUCCUGCCGCAGGGCUUAUGUUUCUCAUAAGUUCGUAAUGGUCAUGUCUGAAAUACUAACAUGGCAAUGCAGAGGUCCUGGACCCAUAUAUUUAGCCAAGUGAGUUGUAUUAUUUGCGUUGUAUUAGGACGAAAAGGGUGCAACAAAGACAAGGUCCUGGGUAAAAGACAAAAGCUCUGGGCUCGUUCGGGGGGGGGGGGGGUUUCAAUAAAUGCCAAAUUCAAGGUUCAUCUCCCUCUGACUCAACCCGGUCACCACUGACUGCACAAAGCAAAAUCCAUGAUCAUAAUUAAAGUUUGUUCACUAGGUUUUUAAUUUUAUCAAGUCCAUGUUAUAGGUUACAAUUCCUACACACAUCAGAUGACUGACAUGCGGUGAACUGCUCUUUCAGGAACUUGAAAAGUCACUAUCCAGUGUUGUUUUGAGAGGCUGUAUGAAGGCAAGACUCGUAGUAAAGUGGAUCUGGGACGUCAUCUUCCGGAGCCGUUCCCCGACACUGCACACAACGAGAGUUCCCGAUGUUAAUGUGUUCAUCUCUUGACGAGCUGGUAAUUACAGCAAAAUGGGGAUAUUGAAAAAAAAACAUUAAGUUAACUUUAAAUUAAUUGUUGGAGGCUGUUUGUUAAUUAGAUUUUUUUUUUGUUCAUUUUCAGUUUGUAGUAUUUAAAUUUAGCAAAAUUUGUAUUAUCCUGUCAUGAACUGCAUGGUGAGUCAAGGAAACAUUUUUUUUAUAAGUGGUCGAGUACAUUUUAAAGGUGUUGGGUUUGUCUGUGGUCACUCAUCUGCUUCCAAUAUGUAACAGUGCAAAAUAGUUUGUAUUUCAGUGCCUCGUUCGAGAACAGCAUUGCAAACUGUGAAAAUCUGUCCUGGAUUAAUGAAGAAAGUUGUAGAAAACUCCAUUGCUAAGCAGACAUGUACAUUUACAGGCCUCUUAUCAAGCUACUGCCGAUUGAAGGCAUGCUGUGGGGGUUAUUUGGGAAAAUUCCACUUGCUCUUUGCUGUCCACAGCCACACACAGCCUGGUAUGCAUGACAGUUACCCAUCCAAACACUAUCCGAGCUCAAACCUGCUUAACUUCUGAGAUCGAAUGAGAUCAGGUGCAUUGCGGGUGAUUUGGUCCACUCCUUAGUAUUUACCCUUGAAGGGAAACACGGGAAGCUGCCUUCGUAGCUCUAAACUCACCUGUCUAGUUUCUUCCCAGGAUCUCAAGUCUGAGAUGUCUCUCAUGCUCAAGACUACAUUUGCUGAGUUUGUUUUGGGCUGCAGAGCUUUCUCUUACUGAGAAACUCAGUUAGAUCUCACUAUGAUACUUUUUGAAUUGGCUCAUGUUCUUAAGGGGAAAAUAAAAACCUUGACUUAAAGCUUUCGUGACUGCAGGAAUUCAUAUUUUUUGGGUCUUUCGGUAAAGUCACGUAGACAGAUUCAAGUAAAAUAACAAAAAACUACGACGUUUCGAUCGCAACACAAGCGGUCGUUAUUUGAACCUAUCUACGUGACUUUCCCGAAAGUCCCAAAGAAUAUUAAAAACCUUGUUAUUACAAGAGUCAAAUAUAUCCAUUGCAUCACAUAAAUACAUUGUGCACUUAAUAUAAUUACACCUUACUAUAAAGUUUAAAAGUACCUUUUUUUACUUGGAAAAUUUAUAAAAAUGUUUUGUUUUAAUUUAAUAUUUACAUUGUCCAACAUGUGUUCCUUUGGUGCAAUAUUCAUUGUCUGCUCAUUUUGUAAACUGUGCAUUGAACUGAUGUAUCGCUGCCACCUUGCUGAAACACAUUUUGAAAUGAGAUGCUAAUCCUGAGGGUUUAAAGUGCAUCAUCGUCAUCAUUAUUAUUUAGAAUCCUAAAGAGUGUUCCUUGCCAUAAUAAUGUAGAAUCUCCACAACUGGCCUGGGACUGCUGACUGAUCAGAACGGCCCCCUAUUUAUUUGAGCAGGGAGACACAGACAUGCGUUUUUAAAAAUAUUACAUUACACAUGACGUUGCGGUGUCCAUUAGAUUAUUUGUCUGUUGUGUUAUAACUCAAUUUAUCUGUUGUGCUUAAAUAAAUGGUCGCAGGUAAAGAUUGUGACACGAACGGUGACAAUGUGACACCACCCUCCACCCACACACCACCCUCCUCAAUUUGCGUCGUUCACAAUGUCCGGCAAAAUAAAUCAAGGCACUGCAAUACCA